CUUGAAAUUGUACGGAAUAAUACUUCCCACUGAUCGACAUCGUCACCAUCUACCAUCUUCCCUCAUCUUGUCCCUCAUCGCUCCCGUAGUCUGUAGCCGUCCGUCCGUCUCAACGGCGUAACCCUCUGUCACACGCGCCUCCCGCGCCUCCCGCGGCGCGUCGUCUGCUGCAUCUGCACGCUGGAAAAAAACUCCCAUUGCCGUCUUUCAGACUCACUACUUAGCUAGUCUGCAGACAGCUCUGGAGACAUCACCACCAGGUCACCGCCAAAAACUUCUUAUUUCAGACAGGUCUGAAGGAAUUUUAUGGCUCAUUUUUACUGGCUGUGAUGGUCUGCAUCUCCUGCUACUGGGCAGGUAUUUUUGGUGCUACAAGCUGCGUGUUGUGGGGUCUUAGAAUGUCUUGGAGCCUCGUAGGGUGGUGCUUCUGUGUGCGUAGAGAUGUUAUUUUGGCACUAUAGCUAUUGUACUGAACUCCACAGUGUACUCACUAUAGCUAUUGCUUCUGGAAUCAAUACUUUCAACAAUGCAAAUGUUGCCAAAUGAUAGUCGGGGAGAAUCUGGUUCUGAAACAGAGCCCAUCUUAAACCGCUCUAAUGUUGCAAUGGAAUCUUCACAUGCAAUUGAAAUCACAGUGAGUGAGGAUUGUUCUGCCAGUUCUGAUGAUUCAUCAAGUAUUGAAGUUGAUGGAAGUGAAUCGCUGUUAAAUUUAGAGCAACCACAAUGCCGUAUAUGCCUUGAUACUGAAGGUGAAGAUUUGAUUGCACCUUGCCAUUGUAAGGGAACCCAAAAAUAUGUCCACAGGUCUUGUCUUGAUAAUUGGAGAUCUACAAAGGAGGGUUUUGCUUUCGCUCAUUGUACAGAGUGCAAGGCAAAGUUUAUAUUGAGGGCAAAUGUACCACCUGAUCGGUGGUGGUUGAGGUUGAAAUUUCAGUUUCUUGUUGCAAGAGACCAUGCUUUCAUUUUUCUUGUUGUCCAGCUGAUUGUAGCAAUCUUAGGAGUGCUAGUGUACAAAUUUUACGGAGAGGAGUUGCGGGAAAUGUUCGGUUAUGAAGAACAUCCAUAUGGAUUUUAUACAAUGGCAGUUUUGGCAAUCGUAUUGGUUGGAUUGCUUUAUGGUUUCUUCAUAGCAAUAAUUUGUGGACAGAGGAUUAGUGAACGUCACUACUAUGUUCUUGCAAAACCUGAACUUACGAAGGAAUAUGUUGUAGAAGACCGGGAUGCAUUGAGUAAGACUGUCCCAGAACUAGACCCUAGCCACGUGUCAGAGCUAAGGAUGUUGGGCCUAUAUUAAGGGUUUCACCUUCCCACGACUUAAUGAGGUAAAUUCUACUUCCAACAGAAUUUACGAACAACGAAGUAUAUGUUUAUGCACGGCAUCAGAGCUGGCUCGCAAGAGUCCAGUCUCUAAAACUAGAAAUACAUAUUUUACUCGUUCUUGCUCUAUGAGGAAGCGUCUACUGCGAAAUGCAGUUAGGAGAAACUGAACAUUUGGGACUCCGUAUUCAAAGUUUUAAUUUUUCUCCAUUUUCUUUUUGUAGAUUAGUACUUUAGUAGGUAUGUUUGCAAAAAAAAGAUUUGCUGAUCUGUGUUGGUUAUUGAGUUCUGUUACCCAAAGUUCCACUUUCCAUUUAUGUUGUACAGAUGGAAGGAGUUUAGUUCUUGGGUUGGAGACUUGGAGUUCCAACAUUGUAGUAUUAGUGAAUAUGGAUUUCUUUUUUACUACACAUGGUUUAAAUUUGGAUUAGUCCGAUGAUAAAACUGUAAAAGAGACUUCAGUAGGAAGGACAUGUUUUUGGUAACCCAAAUUUUCAUCUGAUUCAAUCUAAACCUCGAUUUCGGACCA